AUGUCCCAAAGUAAUAACACCAAGAGAAAAGUAGCAUACACUAAAAGACCAUCCUCUCAAGAAGGUGGUGAAUCAUCAUACAAUGCAGGCAUUUCAAAGCAAGAAAUCGAAAAGAGAGUAAAACACAUCAGCGAAAUGUUCUCAGAUUGGAAAAAAGCCGACAUUGAAAGAUGUCUCCAAGAGAAUAACUACGAUGUGAAUCUUGUUGUACAAAUGAAGGUCGAAGGAAAAGAAGAUUGGACAACUGUAGAGAAGAAAGAAACUAGAACACAAAAGCCACAAAAAGGAAGAGGCGGACGUGGUGGUCGUGGCGGUGCUUCUGCUAAUCGUGGAGGCUCUUCUUCUCAACAUAAUCACGAUGGUUCUUCUGCAAGAUCUAAUAACUCACAACAUCCAUCAGGAGGUUCUUCCUUGAACGAUAAAUCCAACAAGAAAAAACCAACUAAGCAAGAAAAAGUAACUACUUCUGAAGUGCGUACAUUCUCCACUCCUGAAAACCAAACAACAGCAACAACAACCGAGCAAACACAAGCACCAACACAACAUAAGCUUUCAUAUAGCGAGGCUGCUGCUGCAAGCAAAAGAAAGGAAGAGGAGGAAAAGAAGAGACAAGAGGAAGAACAGAAGAAACUUGAAGAGCAAGCUAAAGCCAAAAAAGAAGAAUUGAAGAGUGAACGAAUUCAACGAAAGAAGAAUAAGAAGACCAAGGCACCAAAGGAUGAUGCCAGAGAGGAAGCUUCUGCUCCAGUUGCACAAGAACAAGAACCACAACCACAACAACAAGUCGUUGAGGAAUCAGUUGUGGAAGAGGAAGUACCAGAAGAAGAGCUUACUCAUGAAGAGGCUGAACAACAUGUCGAAGAGGUUCAACCUCAAGUUCAACAUCAUCAACCACAACAACAACAAUCACAACAACCACAACAACCACAACAACACCAUCAUCAACCACAAACUCAUAUUCAACCUUCUCAACCACAAACUCAUACUCAACAACCUGUUCAAACAUCUCAAAACUUCCAAACCAACUUUGAACAACGUCAACUUUCACAACCAAAGCAAGAGGAACCAAUUCAAAUGCCAUCCCAUCUUUUCACAACACAACCAGGAAUUUCUCUUCAAUUUGGUUCAUUAGAUUUGGGAUCAACUUCUCAACCAAAACCUCACCAACAAUCUAAUGUUAAUCAACCAAACCCUCAAGCUGGACAGCAAAUGCAAAAUGGUCAAUAUUGGACAGAUCCUAAAACAUUUAUUCCAUAUUUCCCAAGCCAAUAUCCAUAUCACCCUCAAUACUACCCAUAUAUUUACCAAUACUAUCAACCAACUGCUGGUCAAGGAGUGAAUGCAAACAAGAACUUUAACCAAGGAUUCUAUCAACAACAAGAAGGAUAUGGAAUGUAUAACCAACACCAAACCAAUACUGGUAAUGAGGAGAAUGAACAAACUCACCAAGAUGCUUAUCAUUAUCAAAUGCAACAUCCAUACUUUGUGAUGUAUCCACAACAUAAUGUUGAUGCCAAGCAAAAGUCAGAAUCUCCACAACACAAUGAGCAAAAGGCCAACCCAUACCCAUAUCUCCCUGGAUAUCAAUCUCAAUACCCUCAAUAUUUCCCAAAUCAGAUGUAUCCAACUCAUUAUCCUUCUGCAGGAAACACGACCACUAAUCCUAACAAUAAUACCAGCCAAACCCAAAAGAAGUGGUAA